UAGAAAAUAUAAAACAAUUGAUUUCCUUUACAGAUGAGGUGAUGUCGAUGGAUCAAAGUCUGCUCAGAAUUAUCCUGGAGAACCACAUCUUGAAGAGUAAGGUCGUCUUGGGACAGCUGUUUAACGGUCAGCAGCUGGAAACUAUUGGAGGAAGAUUUCUGAGGGUCUUCAUCUAUCGCUCGGCUGUGUGCAUUGAGAAUGCGUGUCUAAUAAGAGGCAGUAAAGAAGGAAGCAACGGGGCCCUUCAUCUCAUGAGAACUCUGUUGAAACCAGCGGAAAACACUAUGUUUCAGAUUCUGACAGAAAACGGAGGGUUCAAGAUCUUUUUGUCUCUAAUGGAAGAUGCUGGCUUAACCGACCUGCUGAAACAGGAGGGAGACUUUACUCUGUUUGCCCCAAGCGACAAAGCUUUUGCUGGCUUGAGCAGCAGUGAUUUGUCCUUGUUAAGGAGUGAUACCGAUGCUCUCAGAACCAUCCUUUUGUAUCACAUCAAUAAUGGUAUCUUCAUUGGUGGUGGUUUGGAGUCUGGGGUGACAAACCUUCUGAAGUCCCUUCAGGGCAGCAACCUCAGAGUGAUGUUUGCAAACAGCUCAAUGCAAGUGAACUCUGUCCUAGUCCCUGAAUCUGAUAUCAUGGCCACAAAUGGAGUCGUUCACUUUGUCAACCAAGUCUUGUAUCCUGCAGAUAUCCCUGUUGGCAACCAGGAUUGGCUCAUGCUAUUGAAGAGGCUCAUCAGUUACAUGCAAAUCAAGUACAUCUCAGGAUUCAGAUAUCAGGAAAUCCCCCUUACAUUUAUGAAGAGGACCGUGACUCGUGUCAUCCAAGAAGUUCCUGAUGAAAGGAAAGUUACAAGGAUUAUCCAAGGGGAGCCCACUAUCACCAAGGUUACCAGGGUAAUUGAAGGUCAACCGUCCAUCACCAAAGUCACAAGGGUCAUUGAAGGUCAACCGUCCAUCACCAAGGUCACCAGGGUCAUUGAAGCUCAACCGUCCAUCACCAAGGUCACCAGGGUCAUUGAAGGUCAACCGUCCAUCACCAAGGUCACCAGGGUCAUUGAAGGUCAACCGUCCAUCACCAAGGUUACCAGGGUCAUUGAAGGCUCUCAGUUCUCAAGCAGCUAUGGCACCACCAACAUAGCCCUGGAAGGAACUGACAUUUCAGGUCUUGCCAACACUGAAGAGGAUAGUGAUAGACUAGCCAGGAUUAUCCAAGCAGGCAGGACAAGAAAAACUGGUUCUCGGAGAGUUCUAGAUGGCACCAGGAGGAGAGCAAGAGACUGAGCAUGAACGAAUGAGAACGUCGACGUUGUAGAAGAAGAAAGAGACACCAAACCAAGAGGUUGAGAUUGUUGUUUUAAUACAGGUGAAACACUUAAAAUGCCCGUGAUUUGAAAUAUACUGUAGAAGGUAUAAUUGCCAAAAACAAACCUUUUCUCGUAAACAAUGUAAUGGUGCAUUGAAUGUAUAUCUAUUUUGAGUGUGCUAUGUCUAAUAAAAAGUUCAGGAUAUGUAAGUGUGUGUUAAAUGUUGGCAUUGCUUUAGGGGUAAAAAGCGAAUUAAGAUAACAAUACGAAUGUUUUACAUCCAAGCCAUUAGAGUAGCUAUAAAAAACAUUUCAGUUCUAAACCUCUCUGUUUCUUUGCCAGAGGAGACGGUCAAAGCAAGUUGAUUUUACUAGCUGUUUGGGAAGAUUUAUAAAUGUCAGCAGAAAUGAUGUUGUGUCUCAGAUUAAAACUGUUACAUUCAUUGUUUUGUUCCUGAAGUUGGAAGUUGUUUAAGGUUUCAUGUAAAUGUUGUCUAUGCUUGUAUCAUUAGGAUCAAUCUAUUCAGCUGCAGAGUUUUUUCUUUCCUAUUUUUUAAACAUUUUCCAAUAAAAUGCUUUCUUUUAUAUGAAUAUGACGAUUUGAAAGUUGUAUUAGAAGAGAUUGUUGUUUGGAGUCAUUUCGAAUGUACUUGGAUGCCCAACAAUAGUUCAGAAAAGAGAAUCUAAAGUAUACAAUCUCAAUAACAUGUCUACAUUUUCCAAAUAAAAAUUCCUUAAAUUAGACGCUAA